ACUAAAAACAACAUAAUGUUUCACUCCACAAGCAACCCCUUCACAGGUCGUGGCCUACAUACGGGAGCGGGAGACAGAAGUAUUGAGGAAAGAAUACAUUGAGAACUCUAUCAAGGAUGACAUCGCACCAGGUUUCUGUUUAGGAUCGGUAGCCGAAGGACACACAUCCUUUGGGGGCACGGUCCUGGCAGUCUCCCUCACCCCUUUAGCGAUCGAUGAGGAAGGCUCCGGGCCCUUCAACGCCACCAACUGCAACAGUUUCGUGCCAUUGGGCGACGUUUUGAAUUUUGAUUCUUCGUGGAACGUUUCAGGGCAAGCAAAAUUUAUUACCUACGAGAGUAAGAAACUUUGCAAUGAUCUUUACACCCACGUGGCCCUCAGGUUCGUGGGAGGCUUCGGCACGAUGCUGAGGCAGUGCCACCUCCUGGGAGGAAGGUUCCCUCUGGAGAGCGAGAUUGAAACAGGAACGGUGAAUGUGUUCUCUAUGGUCUCAGAAUUUUGCAGUACGAACAACACGUUUCUGUCCUGGCUGGGGAUGGAACGCAACUCUAACGAGGAGCUGUGGUCCAAGUGCUCCGUCCUGCUCCUGGACGGCCGCAUCGUGGAGCGGCACUGCAUCAGUGAGCUGGAGUGCAGCGUGUGCCUGGUGCCGUCGCUGCUGCGGUUUAUGCUUUACGGACCGAUCCGCUUUAUGGACCGCGAGUACUUCCUGCGGGUAUCACCUGACGGCACGUUGUACUUGAAAGGUAGCUCCUCACAAAUUCGCAAGAUUGGAGAUUACUGGAUAAUAUUCUCCACCCUUCACGGGCAGGUUUUGAGGCUUGAUGGCUCUCCCCUUCCCAUUGGCCGCAAGCUGUGGAACGUAACAGACGGCGAAAAGAACCUCACCUUAACUCCUUGUGCUAUUGCUCAGUUUUCCUGCGACAACGGCCUAUGCAUUCCUCGCAUCCAGAAGUGUGACGGCUUGGAGCAGUGUCCGGACGCCAGUGACGAGAAAUACUGUAAUCUGAUGGAGCGCGCGAGCGGCUACAACAAGUACGUCAGCCCUAUCAAGAGUAAGAACAACAACCAUGUAAGUGGUACCGAAAAUUACGACAAACUCAUCUUCUUGAUCGGUGUUCACUCGCUGGGCCCCAUCACAACCCUGGACGGCAAGGUGACCAUUGAGAUGAGCUUCACCUUUGAGUGGUAUGAGGACCGCAUGAGGUACUGGGAGCUGACGGAGGAGCGCAACUUCUUGGACUGUUCCGACAUCUGGGCGCCCGAGCUCGCGGUGAUGGCCGGCUUCAAGGAGGGAAUGAGCUACGACCUCCACGUCUAUCAUGCCAGUUGCUACGUGCAGAAGAUGACGGGGCGCCUUCAACACCAGGACAUGGAGGAUCCCAACAUGGGUUUGUCUGCCUGUCUUUCUAUCUGUCUAUAUGUCUCUCUGUCUGUCUGUGUUUAUGCUGAUGUGUAUGACUUUAUGUUCGCCACAGGACGGUACUCCGACGGGUGGGAGCAGCCGUUGCGCUACGAGAUGAAGUUCCGCACCACAAUUCCAUGUAACUUCCGGCUGCACCGCUACCCCUUCGGCUCGCACACGUGUCCCGGCACCUUCUACGUCCUCAACGGCGGGCAGCUGCAGAGCAUGGUGUUCCGCUCCGCUCAGGCCAGCAAGCACGUCAACUACACCGGGAAACACGACCUAAGAGAAUACAAGCUCCUCCGCAUCACCUACGACUACGACGACGAAUUCAUAGUGCUACGACUCCACCUGAAGAGCCUGUACGACUACCAUCUCAUGAAUAGCUUCCUCCCGAGCGCCAUAGUGUUCAUGAUCUCGCUAACGACGCUCUUCUUCCCCGUCCGAGACUUCAAUGAGAGAAUUAUGGUUUCCCUGACGGUACUUGUGGUCUUGGCGGCGCUGUUCACGCAAGCCAGCAGCGCCUCGGUCAAGACUCCGUACUUCAAGCUCCUGGACGUCUGGUAUACGGCUCUUGUGGCUCUGUGCUUCUUCGUGGUGGUGGUCAACGCCGCCAUCCACCACAUCAUCAACAGGAAGGACUUUACAGCACCAGUCGCGGCCCCGAAAUUCCUCAUAGCGGCGUACCCGAGACAAGAAGAGAAGAACAUGAAACUCGCCCUGAAGUUCAAUUACUAUGCCAUUAUUACUAUGAUCAGUAUGUUUCUCGUGCUGGUGUUCACGUAUGUUAUGGUUGGCGCUGAUAUUAUUUAAGGAUGCCUAUUCACACACUCAUAUAGGUGUUGUCUAAGGUAUUGCAUGUAAGUGUUGCCAAGUGUUGCGUACGGGAAAUGCGUGUUGCCUAUAAAGUGUUGCCUGUGUUGAGUUGAGUUGCGGUCCGCCUCUUCACUCUUCAUCAUAAGCCA